CUCCGCCGCUACCGGGGCGCCGCGAUGGAGCCGCACCGGGGGCGGCCCCGGGCGCUGCUGCUGCUGCUGCCGCUGCUGCUCCCCGCGCCCGGCUCCGCGCAGGCGGUGUGCGCGGGGACGCUGAACGGGCUGAGCGUGACCGGGGACGCGCAGCACCAGUACCAGACCCUGCACAAGAUGUACAACAACUGCGAGAUCGUCAUGGGCAACCUGGAGAUCGUCCUCAUCGACCACACCCAGGACCUCUCCUUCCUCCAGACCAUCCGGGAGGUGACCGGCUACAUCCUGAUCGCCAUGAACGUGUUCGCGGCGCUGCCGCUGCAGAACCUGCGCGUGAUCCGCGGCACGCAGUUCUACGAGGACAAAUUCGCCCUCUUCGUGCUGCUCAACUACAACCCCAACACCACGCACGCCCUGCGCCAGCUCGGCCUCAACCAGCUCACAGAGAUCCUGGCGGGGGGGGUGUACAUCGAGAAGAACGCGCAGCUGUGCCACGUGGACACGGUGGAGUGGAGGGACAUCAUGAGGGACCCGCGCCUGGAGCCGCUCGUGAGGGACAACGGCCGCGCCUGUCCCCCGUGCCACGAGAGCUGCGCCGGUCACUGCUGGGGGCCGGGCCCCGAGGACUGCCAGAAACUUACCAAGACCAUCUGCGCCCCGCAGUGCAACGGGCGCUGCUUCGGCCGCGCGCCCAACGAGUGCUGCCACGAGGAGUGCGCGGGCGGCUGCACCGGGCCCCUGCGCACGCACUGCUUCGCCUGCCGGCACUUCAACGACAGCGGCUCGUGCUUCCCGCUGUGCCCGCAGCCCCUGAUCUACAACAAGCUCACCUUCCAGCUGGAGCCCAACCCCGACACCAAGUACCAGUACGGGGGGGUCUGCGUGCGCCAGUGCCCCCAUAAUUUCGUGGUGGAUCAGAGCUCGUGCGUGCGCGCCUGCCCCAACGACAAGAUGGAGGUGGAGAAGAACGGGCUGAAGAUCUGCGAGCCCUGCGCGGGGCUGUGCCCCAAGGCCUGCGAGGGCACCGGCGCUGGCAGCAAAUACCAGACGGUGGAUUCCAGCAACAUCGACACCUUCAUCAACUGCACCAAGAUCCUGGGCAACCUCGACUUCCUCAUCACGGGCCUGGAGGGGGACCCCUGGCGCAACAUCUCGGCGCUGGACCCCGAGAAGCUGAACGUGUUCCGCACAGUGCGGGAGAUCACGGGGUACCUGAACAUCCAGUCCUGGCCCAAGCACAUGCACAACUUCAGCGUCUUCUCCAACCUCGAGACCAUCGGGGGACGGAGCCUGUACAACCGCGGUUUCUCGCUGCUGAUCAUGAAGAACGAGAACGUCACGUCGCUGGGGCUGCGCUCGCUGCGCGAGGUGAGCGCGGGCCGCGUGUACAUCACGGAGAACCGGCGGCUCUGCUUCCUGCACACCGUGCACUGGGCCGCGCUCAGCCGCAGCCGCGCCGACCUCGACAUCCGCAACAACCGGCCCCGCAGCAAGUGCCAGCAAGAGGGCAAGGUGUGUGACCCGCUGUGCUCGGCCGAGGGCUGCUGGGGCCCCGGGCCCGGGCAGUGCCUGUCCUGCCGCUUCUACAGCCGGAGGGGCGUCUGCGUGCCCACCUGCCGCUUCACCGAGGGGGACCCGCGGGAGUUCUCGCAGGGCGGCGAGUGCACCGAGUGCCACCCGGAGUGCGAGCGCAUCGACGGCGGCGCCACCUGCAACGGCUCGGGCGCCGACACGUGCACGCGCUGCGCCCACUAUCGCGACGGGCCGCACUGCGUGGAGCGAUGUCCCGACGGGGUCCUGGGCGAGCGCGGCCCCAUCUACAAAUUCCCCGACGGGAGCCGCGAGUGCCGGCCCUGCCACGAGAACUGCACGCGGGGGUGUGUGGGGCCGCUGCUGCGGGACUGCCUGGGGAACCCCCUGCCCGUGUCCAGGCGGGCCCCGACGCUGAUCGCGGUCAUGGUGGUCGGUGCCGUUUUCCUCUCGUGCUCGCUGGUGCUGCUGGCGCUGCUCUACUGGCGGGGCAAGAAGAUCCAGAAGAAACGGGCGAUGCGGCGCUACCUGGAGCGGGGCGAGAGCCUGGAGCCGCUGGACCCCAGUGAAAAAGCCAACAAGGUCCUGGCCCGGAUCUUCAAGGAGUCGGAGCUGAAGCGCCUCAAGGUGCUGGGCUCCGGCGUCUUCGGCACCGUGCACAAGGGGAUCUGGAUCCCGGACGGGGAUUCCAUCAAGAUCCCGGUGAGCAUCAAGGUGAUCCAGGGCUGGAGCGGGCAGCAAUCCUUCCACGCCGUCACCGACCACAUGCUGGCCAUCGGCAGCCUGGAUCACUCGUACAUCGUGCGGCUGCUGGGGAUCUGCCCGGGCCCGCAGCUGCAGCUGGUGACGCAGCUGCUGCCGCUGGGCUCGCUGCUCGACUACGUGCGCAAGAACCGCGGCGCCAUCAGCCCCCAGCUGCUGCUCAACUGGUGCGUGCAGGUGGCCAAGGGCAUGUACUACCUGGAGGAGCACCGCAUGGUGCACAGGAACCUGGCUGCCCGGAACGUGCUGCUCAAGUCGCCCAGCCAGGCGCAGGUGGCCGAUUUCGGCAUCGCCGACCUGCUCUACCCCGACGACAAGAAAUACUUCUACAACGAGCUCAAGACGCCCAUCAAGUGGAUGGCGCUGGAGAGCAUCCACUUCGGCAGCACCGUACGCUGGAGCUACGGGGUGACACUGUGGGAGAUGAUGAGCAAUACACCAGGAUCUACCUGGCCGCCACGCCCCGGGAUCCGCCUGGCCGAGGUUCCAGACCUGCUGGAGAAGGGCGAGCGGCUCUCGCAGCCCCAGAUCUGCACCAUCGACGUCUACAUGGUGAUGGUGAAAUGCUGGAUGAUCGAUGAGAACAUCCGCCCCACCUUCAAGGAGCUGGCCAACGAGUUCACCCGCAUGGCCCGGGACCCCCCGCGCUACCUGGUCAUCAAGGAGAGCGGGGCCGCGCCCCCCGGCGAGCCCCCCCCCCUCAGCGAGAAGGAGCUGGACGAGGUGGAGACGCUGGAGCUGGAGGAGGAGGAGGAGGAGGAGGAGGAGGAGGAGCUGGACGGGACCUUCGGCCUCGCGCCCGGGCUGGGCCCGCAGCGCCCCCGCGGCAGCUGCGCCCGGAGCCCGAGCCUGCUGAGCGCCCCCGCCGGGUACAUCCCCAUGAACCAGCCCGGCCUGGGCUGCGCCCGGCAGCCCGGGGGGGCGCGGCCGGCGCGCCGGGCCCGGCAGGGCUCGCUGGGCCGGACGGUGUCCGAGUGCUCCGAGGGCCGCGGCACCGCCUCGGAGCUGGAGCUGGGGGGCUCGGGGGGGUCCCUGGGGGGGUCCCUGUGCCGCAGCCUCCGCUCGCGGGGGGGGGACAGCGCGUACCUGUCGCAGCGGGAGAGCCUGCAGCCCCCCCCGGCGCCCGGCUCCGAGGGCAGCGAGGAGGAUCCCAACGGAUACGUGAGCCCCACCCGCGCCCUGCCAGCCCCCGCCCGGCGCUCGGUACGGGCUCCAGGUGAGGAAGAGGAGGAGGAUGAGGAGGAUGAGGACGAAGAGUACGAAUACAUGAACCGCCCCCGCCCCCGCCCGGCCUCGCUGGAAGAACUGGGCUACGAAUACAUGGAGCUGGGGGGCUGCGACCCCCGCCCCACGGCGGGAGCCCCCAGAAGCGAGCAGGAGCCCGCGGAGGAGGAAGAAGAGGAGGACGAAGGAGAGGAAGAUUACGAGUACAUGAACAAACAGCCGCGCCUCAGCCGCUCCCUGCGCCACCACGGCUACACCGAGAUGCGGCCGGGGGAGCCGCCCGCGACCCCCGCCCACCGGCGGGAGGAGGAGGAGGAGGAGGAGGAGGAGGAGGAGGAAGGCUACGAGGAGAUGGAGGCGGUGCCGCGGCCGCGCUGCCGCCCCCUCCCCAUGAAGGCGCUGCGGAGCUUGGAAGCCUCGGACUGCGCCUUCGACAACCCCGACUACUGGCACAGCCGCCUGUUCGCCAAAGGCCGCCGGACCUAGGGGAGACCCCUCCCCAAAUUGGGGCGGGGGGAACGCUGGCAAUAUGAAGGAUCCCCCCUCAGCCACCCCCAGCCCGCUUUGGGGGUCUCUCUGGGACUUUUUUUUGCCUUUUUUUGUGACCCUCCUGUGGUUUUUUUAC